GCUUGCAUGCAGUGAACAGAGGAAAACUUUUUCUCUCUUAUCAAGCAAUAAAUAAAAGAGGACUGUGCCCCUUUCAUAGGCAUUUUCUAAUUGUCUUGCAAGAGUUAGAGCAAAAAGGAAGAAAACAACUGGUGUAAAGGCAAAAACAACAAUUCAGAAAACGGCCUGUAGAGUUUUAUUUAAAUAGGACUUUGAACUGUGCUCUGAACCAUGUACUAAGUGACAGUAAAAUGCAUUUCUAGAGUCAUACAUGAGGAGUGCUGGUGCAACACCUAUUUUCAGAAAAUACCUGUGGUCAGACUAGAUAUGCAGAUGUUAAAAAUAUAAAGGCGGAAAGCCAAGCCAAAAGCUCCCCUUCCUCCACCUGAAACAAAAGUUGCUGAUUGCUCAUAUUUUGAUAAUCUGGAACUAACUAACUCCACUAUGGAGCAAAAAGAAAAUAUUAUUGACAGAGACAUUGAGUUGUCUGUGGUUCUUCCUGGAGAGGUGAUCAAGACUACUAAUGUUAAUGGCAGCAAACCAAUGAUGGACUUAUUGGUAUACCUUUGUGCACAAUACCGUUUAAAUCCCGCAAGCCAUACUAUCGACCUGAUGUCAGCUGAGAAGAAACCAAUCAAAUUCAAACCUAAUACACCUAUUGGGAUGCUUGAAGUUGACCAAGUGAUUUUAAAGCCAAAACAAAUAGAUAGGAAAAAGCCUAUUCCUAUCAUCCCAGAGCAAACUGUGAGAGUUGUGGUAAACUAUAAGAAGACACAGAAGACAAUUGUCCGAGUUAGUCCUCAUGCACCUCUUCAAGAAAUUGUGCAAAUUAUCAGCAGCAAAUGUGAUUUUGAUCCUUUACAUACUGUUUUGCUAAAAACCUAUCAAUCUCGAGAGACUCUUGACUUGAGAAAAUCCCUUAAUGAACUUGGACUCAGAGAAUUAUAUGCAAUGGAUGUCAGCAGAGCCACGCCAACUGCUGAAUACAGCUUGACAUCAUUACACGAUUCUUUUCAGAAUGCACAAAAUUCUGAGAAUUUGAAGGAGAAAGAAAAUAAAGGAUUCUUUGGCAUUUUUCAGCGAAGCAAAAAGAAACGACAACAAACAGCCAGUGCUCCUGCAACACCACUCAUGAACAAGCCAAAGCCAGCCUUUGCUGUGAGAUCCAGUUCAGUUUCCAAACAGUAUGACUCAAAUACUCUGCCCUCUGAAAUGCCCAAAAAGCGACGAGCGCCCUUGCCUCCGAUGCCUGCGUCUCAAAGUGUGCCCCAGAAUCUUGCUCAAAGCCAGGACAAACCUGAGAUUUGUAUGCUGAAAUCCAGUAGUGUGGAUGAAACUGAUAAGGUUGGUCAUUAAUCUUUUAUCCUUUCU